AGCCUACCACCACGUUGCAAGUUCUUAAAUCUGUUCCUAAUACGCGUACACCGCCACCUUUGAACAAAUUCUUAAAUCUGUUCUUCCAACUACGCGUACAACCAUCUCCCAAGAAGUUCUUAAGUCUGUUCUUCCUACUACGCGUACCACCAUCUCCCAAGAAGUUCUUAAGUCUGUUCUUCCUACUACGCGUACCACCAUCUCCCAAGAAGUUCUUAAGUCUGUUCUUCCUACUAAGCAUACCACCACCAUUAAAUCUGUGGUUCCUACUAUGCGCACCUCCCCCUAUCAGGAAAGCUGCUGCUCUCUCCCUUCACCUUCUGCUUCAGGUGCUCCCUCAUCGAGGAGCACACCAGUCACUCCUCGCCUACCAUCCAUACCGCUUACCUGCACUUUGGUACGCCUUGGUUCAACUUCCCUAGUGGACUAAGUGGCCACCUGCUGGUGCUGCAUCGAUUAGUUAAGGUCUCUUUCUUUCCAAGUUCAAAGAAAGCUGUUUCUGAUAUUACCACUUCAGACACUUCUAGUGAACUACUACUGCCAUAUAAUAUAAUAGAAAUGGACCAUAUGGAAGUCAGUGUGCUACCUGAUGACCUGAUUGUGGAAAUCCUCUCCCGGCUGCCGCUGAAGUCUUUUUGCCGCUUCAAAUGUGUUUGCAAACCCUGGCUUGCCUUCUCCUCUGAUCCAAACUACCGCAAGAAGCUGCCGAAAAUCCCCACUGGUCUUUUCUGCCAGUACCAAGACUCCGAUAAGAAGGCUACCAAGCUUCUUAGCCAGCCCCGAAACGUUGAGAAAAUUGAUGGAGCACUUAGUUUCUUGCCAGACCAUCCGCAACUCGAGCUUAUGGAUUGCUGCAAUGGCCUGGUGCUCUGCAUGCGUAGGAGCAUGGAUUGGAGCAGACGUACAAUUACUUGCCACUUCAUUGUGUGCAACCCGGCAACACGAGAGUGGACGAGGCUUCCUGAUACUCGUCCUUACCAAGAACAUGCUGUUUUUGAAGCUAUGUUGGCUUUCCACCCAUCAUGUUCACCACAGUUCUAUGUCUUCAACUUUAAACGGAAUACUUUUUCAUUCUUGAGUGGGCUUCAGGUAUUUUCGUCUGACCUUUCCACGUGGCUCGUAUAUGAUGCAUGGUGGAAUUCCGGGAUACACACUGUUGUUGGAUACCCACACUUAUUCAUAGAUGGUUCACUGUAUCUGUUUAGUAUGCGACAUAACUCAGUGAAGAGGAUCUUGGUAUUGAACAGUUUUGAGGCAAUGAGUUCUCGCAUACCGCCUAAUCGUCGAACUAUUAAGUUGCCCCAUGACCCUUCUGUUGAGCCUGCAAAUGGCCUUCCGGUCGGUUUGUACACCAGAGGUUACUUUGGCAAAUCUCCGGGGGCCAUGCACUAUGCAUUGCCAGCAGCAGAUGGGCUUGCAAUUCGGAUCUGGAGUCUUGAUGUUUCUGGGCCUUACAAAUGGACUGUGAAGUAUCGUCUUAGUAUGAGUGGUGCGUUUGGAAGGGAUGACCUUGCUUACUAUGACGCUGCUCAACAGUGCUGGAAUUGCGCGUAUGAAAUUGCUGCUAUUGACUUGGAGAGGGACGUCGUGUUCCUCUUUGACUGCCAUGCAAACAACCUUCGUUCAUACACCAUCAGCACAGCGGAACUUCAGGAACUCGAUGACAUUGAACAAGAUCAUGAGCAUGUCUAUGACAAGUUCUACCACUACGUGGCAUGCUACUCAAAGCUUCCAACCUAUGCGCCUAUACCUCAGCCAUGUUUGUUGGAAGCAAAGAGGCCUGAUCGGCGGACGUGGCGGUCGAAGCUGCUAGCAAUUGUUGCGAAAUCAAGCUGGAGAUGAUCUGUAUGUCUUGAGUUUGCGAAACCAGUCCAGCGACUGAUGUUAAGAAGGCCUUCUAUAUCUUCAUGUUGCUUCCAUUAUGUUAUUGUAUGGGUAAAACUAACACUGUCGGAAUGCUGAAAACUCCCUAGUUUCAGUGUAAUAAUGUGUCGCCAAAUUCCCCGGUGCUCUGUUCCUAGGUUCACGUGAUAACGUUGUAAAAGUAGAACAAGCAUGUUAUGCAUGUUUCCAGUUCACCAAGCUAUGAAUGUUCGUGCAGUUUUUAUGUGUUGUUUCUACAAA